GCGCCGAUGAAUAAGGGCGCGGCCUCAACUCUGUGUCGCGCUCUGGCCAAUCAGAUGAAGAUGGGCGUGGCCGAAACUCUGAGUCACGCCCCGGCCAAACAGCAGGCAAUAACAAUCAGAACGGAGAUGGGCUCCAAGACAACAAUUUCGGCCUCAAAAUUAAAUGCAUGCAAAACAUCAUCACAGUUUUGCAUCAUUUGGAAAACAUUAAUAAGUCUGAACAGCCACAGACUAUUUUUAAAAUGGCAAAUGCACUGGCCAAUAGGAUCAGGCCUGCAUUAAACAAUGCCGACACACAGGCUUGUAUUGCCAUUAAUGCCAAAAAUUGGGCAGAGGCUACAAUGGACAUUUUAAAGAAGCAUUACGUAAUAUCAUUACAAAUUGUGAAGGACGAGCUGACUCCUGUAAUUGGCUACAACUGGAGGUCUUCCUUUUUUAUUGCUUCUAACUGGGCCAGAAAAAAGUUUGGCACAAAGAUGACCUUUGACACCCUACAACUGGCGGAGAGCCAAAUAGCUUCGCUGGUGGUGACACCCAAAGGCCACAACGCACGAGCUGUUCCACCAGGACGGAGCGAUGGCGCCGGGGCGAAGACGCCUGUCUCUGCAUCCCAGAUUCCUCAGGCCAUGGUGGAGAUUGGCGGCGAGUUCCCUCCUCCUUCCUGCUUGGCGCCGGCUGUCCUGAUGUCUCCGCAGUCCGACACACACGCAGAAGCUUCCUGCUCCGCUCCUGUGACGCAAGACGGCAGACGAAGGCGAGAAUGCAGAUGGCCCGCGACCUGAGACGGAGAGGACGAGACGACUGAGCGCUGAACGCAUCGUGCCUCCUGACCACAGCUCGCGCACACCCGUCGGUGUCCAGCCAGCCACAGAGGUCGGUGCGGUGACUUGGAGGUUCCCCACUGACGGGCUGACACGCUGGUUCCAAAGAUGGACGGGCCUACCACACAAUCCCCAUAUUUCGGGUUGGUGUCUAAAUGGGGAGCAAAUGGUCUAAUUUUGUGGGUGUUGUCUGGUUUGCCUCCUUCAGGGACUUCCGGGGGGUUCUGCGUCUGGCGGAGCCCAACUUGGCGGAGGGUUGAUUGGACCGUGCAUCCCCUUCCCAAUUUCUCUCUCUCUCUCUCUCUCUCUCUCUC